CAUGCUGGUUGGGUGCGUUUCUUUCGAGUGUCUGUGGAAGGCCGGAGCCACAGGCAGUCUUGAGAGAGUUGUGCCCUCGGGCCCCAGAAACCGAGGAAAGGUCUGAAGAAGACAUUUGAAUCAUGGGUGACAUUAAAAAUUUUCUAUAUGCCUGGUGUGGCAAAAGGAAGAUAGCGCCAGCCUAUGAAAUUAGAGCCGUGGGAAACAAAAACAGGCAGAAGUUCAUGUGUGAGGUUCGGGUAGAAGGAUUUAAUUACACUGGCAUGGGCAAUUCCACCAAUAAAAAAGAUGCACAGAGCAAUGCUGCCAGAGACUUUGUUAACUAUUUGGUUCGAGUAAAUGAAGUAAAGGCUGAAGAAGUCCCAGCUGUUGGAGUGGCACCUCCUAUACCUUCAGUCACUGAUAAUCCUGAUGGUACAGCAAGUACUGAUGGAAGUGCACCCACAACCCUAGGAGGACCACUUCCUCCACAUCUGGCCCUCAAGGCAGUUCUGGCCAGCACUAGAAAUCAUUCAGAACAGAUUUUGCACUGUGAAAUAUGGUAUACAAAGACAACUCUAGAAUCAGAAGAAGUGGAUUUAAAUGCUGGGCUUCAUGGAAACUGGACCUUGGAAAAUGCUAAGGCUCGCCUGAACCAGUAUUUCCAAAAAGAAAAGAUCCAAGGAGAAUAUAAGUACACCCAAGUGGGUCCUGAUCACAACAGGAGCUUUAUUGCAGAAAUGACCAUUUAUAUCAAGCCACUGGGCAGAAGGAUUUUUGCACGUGAACAUGGAUCAAAUAAGAAAUUGGCAGCCCAGUCUUGUGCCCUGUCACUUGUGAGGCAGCUCUACCAUCUUGAAGUGAUUGAAGCUUACUCUGGACUUACAAAGAAGAAAGAGGGAGAGACAGUGGAACCCUACAAAGUUAAUAUCUCUCAGGAUUUGGAGCAUCAGCUGCAAAAUGUCGUUCAAGAGCUCAAUCUUGAGAUUGCACCACCACCCGAGGAUCCUUCUGUUCCAGCUGUGCUUAACAUGGGUAAAUUGUCCACAUUUGAGCCGGCUCAGCAACAAAAUCAAGUGGGUGUGGUUCCUUGGUCACCUCCACAAUCCAACUGGAAUCCUUGGACUAGCAGCAACAUUGAUGAGGGCCCUUUGGCUUAUGCUACUCCAGAACAGAUAAGCACAGACCUCAAGAAUGAAUUAAUGUACCAGCUGGAACAGGAUCGUAAUCUGCAAGGAAUCUUGCAGGAAAGAGAAUUACUCCCUGUGAAGAAAUUUGAAAGCGAAAUCCUGGAUGCUGUUAGUCAGAAUUCAGUUGUGAUUAUACGAGGAGCUACUGGUUGUGGUAAGACCACCCAGGUUCCUCAGUUCAUUCUGGAUGACUUUAUCCACAAUGACCGAGCAGCCGAGUGCAACAUUGUAGUAACUCAGCCCAGGAGAAUCAGUGCUGUGUCUGUGGCAGAACGGGUUGCAUAUGAGAGAGGAGAAGAGCCUGGAAAAAGCUGUGGCUACAGUGUUCGAUUUGAGUCUAUACUUCCCCGCCCUCAUGCCAGUAUAAUGUUUUGUACUGUAGGUCAGUGGUGUGUUUUGUUUCGGGCUACCAUUUGGGAUUUGUGUUGUGUUCAUGUGGAGGAUUUGGUUUUGCUCAAAAGGGCCAGUUUGAUAAUUCUUGUUUGUAGAGAGCUUUUGACAGUUAAUUUUGUUGGUGGAAUGUAUAAUCCCAUCAUUGAGGUUUAUGGACGAACCUUCCCAGUACAAGAAUAUUUUCUGGAAGACUGUAUUCAGAUGACCCACUUUAUUCCUCCACCAAAGGACAAGAAGAAAAAGGAUAAGGAUGAUGACGGUGGUGAGGAGGAGGACACAAACUGCAAUCUGAUCUGUGGUGAUGAAUAUGGUCCAGAAACAAGGAUGAGCAUGGCUCAAAUGAAUGAAAAGGAAACUCCCUUUGAACUGAUCGAGGCACUACUUAAAUAUAUUGAGACCCUCAAUGUUCCUGGAGCUGUGUUGGUUUUCCUGCCUGGCUGGAAUUUGAUUUAUACAAUGCAAAAACAUUUGGAAAUGAAUGCUCAUUUUGGGAGCCAUCGGUAUCAGAUUCUGCCUCUGCAUUCUCAGAUUCCUCGGGAAGAGCAGCGUAAAGUGUUUGACCCUGUCCCAGUUGGAGUGACUAAGGUUAUUUUGUCCACAAAUAUUGCUGAGACAAGCAUUACCAUAAAUGAUGUUGUCUAUGUCAUUGAUUCCUGCAAGCAGAAAGUGAAACUGUUUACUGCUCACAACAACAUGACCAACUAUGCUACAGUGUGGGCUUCCAAGACAAACCUUGAGCAGCGGAAAGGGCGAGCAGGUCGUGUAAGGCCUGGAUUCUGCUUUCACCUCUGCAGCCGAGCUCGAUUUGAGAAACUUGAAACCCACAUGACCCCAGAAAUGUUCCGAACACCUUUACAUGAGAUUGCUUUGAGCAUCAAACUUCUUCGUCUGGGAGGAAUUGGUCAGUUCCUGGCCAAGGCGAUUGAACCUCCACCUUUGGAUGCUGUGAUUGAAGCAGAGCACACUCUCAGAGAACUUGAUGCGUUAGAUGCUAAUGAUGAAUUGACUCCUUUGGGCCGAAUUCUGGCUAAGCUCCCCAUUGAGCCUCGUUUUGGCAAAAUGAUGAUAAUGGGAUGUAUUUUCUAUGUGGGAGAUGCUGUCUGUACCAUCUCUGCUGCCACCUGCUUUCCUGAGCCUUUCAUCAGUGAGGGAAAGAGACUGGGCUAUAUCCAUCGGAAUUUUGCUGGCAACCGAUUUUCUGAUCAUGUGGCCCUUUUAUCAGUAUUCCAAGCAUGGGAUGAUGCUAGAAUGGGUGGAGAAGAGGCAGAGAUACGUUUUUGUGAGCACAAAAGGCUCAACAUGGCUACUCUUAGAAUGACUUGGGAAGCAAAAGUUCAGCUCAAAGAGAUUCUGAUUAAUUCUGGAUUUCCAGAAGAAUGCUUAUUGACACAAGUGUUUACCAACACUGGACCAGACAAUAAUUUGGAUGUGGUUAUCUCUCUCCUGGCCUUUGGUGUAUAUCCCAAUGUGUGCUAUCAUAAGGAAAAGAGGAAGAUUCUCACCACUGAAGGGCGUAACGCCCUAAUCCACAAGUCAUCUGUGAACUGUCCCUUUGGCAGCCAGGACAUGAAGUACCCAUGUCCCUUCUUUGUAUUUGGUGAAAAGAUUCGAACUCGAGCCAUUUCUGCUAAAGGAAUGACGUUAGUGACCCCCUUGCAGCUGCUGCUCUUUGCUUCCAAGAAAGUUCAAUCUGAUGGACAGAUUGUGCUUAUUGAUGACUGGAUCAAAUUGCAAAUAUCCCAUGAAGCUGCUGCCUGCAUUACUGCUCUCCGGGCAGCAAUGGAAUCUCUGGUUGUUGAAGUCACUAAGCAGCCUGAUAUUAUCAGCCAGUUGGACCCUGUAAAUGAGCGAAUGCUGAACACAAUCCGUCAGAUCUCUAGGCCCUCGGCUGCUGGCAUUACCCUUAUGAUUGGCAGUGUACGGUAUGGAGAUGGUCCACGCCCUCCCAAAAUGGCUCGCUAUGACAAUGGAAGUGGAUAUAGAAGAGGGGGUUCCAGUUAUGGUGGCGGUGGCUAUGGGGGUGGUUAUGGCAGUGGAGGAUAUGGUGGCGGUGGAGGCUACGGCGGCGGUGGAGGCUAUGGUGGUGGUGGAGGCUAUGGCGGCGGUGGAGGCUAUGGUGGGGGCUCCAACUCCUAUCGGGGAGGCUAUGGUGGUGGUGGUGGCUUUAGAGGAGGUGGCUUUAGAGGAGGCUCUGGAGGUGAAUACAGAGGAUCAGGGGGAGGAGGGUACCGAGGCUCUGGAGGAUUUCAGCGAGGAGGUCCCAGGGGGGGUUAUGGAGGUGGCUACUUUGGCCAAGGAAGAGGAGGUGGUGGCUUUUAAAGCUUGGUUAUGUCAGCACAUACUUGUAGACCGUUUUAAAAGAAAUGCAUGCUAUGUAUUUUACCCAACAGUAACCUUUUCUUCUCCCCUUUUUUUUGUUCAUUGUAGUUUGUGGAAAGCAAACAUAGAUGCAUUAGUGAUUUUGUUUAUAUUAUGUAAAAAAAAAAAUGAACUAUUAUAAAAAGUACCACCGUUUGUAUUUUUUCUUUAAGGAGUAAAGAUUUGCCUUUAAAAUUCAAACUUGAUAUUUUCUUGGCUUUAGUUUAAUACAAUAGAUAAUAAAGUAUUACUCUGCAUACUAGUGUUGUA